AUGAGCGGCCGAAGUAGGAGUAGAAAGUCCUCUCGCGCCAAAAGCCAGGGCAAAGCCCGUGCCAAAGCCCGAGUCCACGCUGCUCCUGACUACGCUCCGCACGACCUGGACCCUCCACAGCGCCCGAAGCUCCGGGAGGAAACCAAGGCGGCACAGGUGCAGGCUGGCGCGGGUAGGGGUGGCCUGGAAACCGCUGCACCUGCUGCACCCGGCCGCCCCGGGGCGGAGGGGCCCAGUCGGCUCCCCCUGGACUGUGAUCUCGCGUUCCGGGCCCGAGCUGCGGGGGGUCGCGGGCAGGCCGCCCCCAGGGCCGGCCCGGGGAGGGCCCCGUCUCUCUUGGAGCGCCUGGAAAGAGACACUGUCUUCAUGGGAACUGUGGGAACUGUGGCAAGGCCGAAAAAUGGCUCUCGGGUUGGAAAUCUGCGUGGCCCUUCUAGUAAGAAGGCCCCAGAAACCUGUAGCGCAGUGGGAAGGGGUCCCCAGGCGAUAGCUGGUGGGAAGGUGAAGAAAGGGACCACUGGGGAGUGUGCCUCUGUCUCAGUGAUGGAGGAAAAGAAGGUGGAGAAUGAUGCAGGGUCAGGGCCCCAGGCCGCAGAUGGCAGCAUGGACACCCUGUAGACCGUCCAACUGAAGCUGGAGACCAUGAAUGCUCAGGCGGACAGAGCCUACCUUCACCUGUCGUGCAAGUUUGGGCAAUUGCGACUGCACCACUUAGAGCACAGGAACCUCCUCAUCCAAAAUAUCCCGGGCUUCUGGGGACAAGCCUUUCAGAACCACCCCCAGCUAUCAUCCUUUCUGAGCAACCAAGAUAAAGAGGUACUUGGCUACUUAAACAGCUUGGAGGUUGAAGAUCUUGGCCUCGCCAGAUUGGGCUACAAGAUCAAGUUCUACUUUGGGCACAACCCUUAUUUCCAAAAUAAGGUGCUCAUCAAGGAAUAUGGAUGUGGCCCUUUGGGUCAGAUAGUGUCUCGUUCUACUCCAAUUCAAUGGCUCCCAGGCCAUGAUCUCCAGUCCCUAAGCCAGGGGAACUCAGACAAUAGCUGUAGCUUCUUUGGGUGGUUUUCAAACCACAGCUCUAUUGAGUCUGACAAAAUUGUUGAGAAAAUUAACGAGGACCUGUGGCCCAGUCCUCUGCAGUACUAUCUUAUGAGUGAAGGGGGCUCUUGGAGAGAAAGGAAAGGAGAGGAGGUUAGGCAAAGUCCAUCAAGGCAGCCAGUGGAAUCCCCUGAGGUAAACCAGUCCAACUGA